AUGGAGAAAGUGGCUAACAUUUACGAAGCAAGGUUUGUGGUCAACAUUAGUGAGCUGGGAGAAGAUGAUCCACUCACACAGAAUCUAGCAACAAUCCCACAAAUAUCUUUUGCAGGCAAGCAGGCUCUUCUCAUCACAGAAAGUUCCCUGGUAUACCGUACAGUUACAAUUGGUACCUGA